AGUCUAGGGCUCCGGGUAAAGUUUCAGCCUCUGCACGUGACUCGCCAUGGCCGCUGCCGUCGCCCCGCGCCCCUGAGCUGCGGCCCCCCGGACGGCUCCUCUCCGAGGACUCCACACCCCAGACGCCGGGCAGCGCCGUGGCGCCUGCUUGGGGCAGACCCUGUGCCCGCAGACGCGCAGACGGGUUGCAUCCCCCUCGCUUCGAGCACCACAGGACAUGCCUCCCCCCAGCCGCCUACCUGGGGCCCUUCUGGGAGUGGCAUCCUUUUUGAUACCCUGAAGACCAGCUCUGGACCUUCCUUCAAAAGUGUCGGCUCCCAGGACCGCUUAACCAAAGGACGUAUUCUCGGGACGUCCCCCAAUCCAUCUGGCCCCUCCGGCUAGGGAGGGGGACCCAGAAGACUGAAGUUGACUAACUUGGGACUUGCAGCUUCAGGGACAGAAGGGGGUGGGGGUGGGCUGACCACCCAACCCCCCCUCUGGGCCCCCCACGGCCCCAUGCCCCGAGGAAGAGGGACUGCGUGAAGGCCAUCACAGCUGCCUGCCAGACUGUUUGCCUGCCCUUCUGACUGUGGCCGCUUGGCAUGGCCAGCAAUAGCAGUUCCUGCCCAACACCUGGGGGCGGGCACCUCAAUGGGUACCCAGUACCCCCCUACGCCUUCUUCUUCCCCCCUAUGCUGGGUGGACUCUCCCCGCCCGGCGCUCUCACCAGCCUCCAGCACCAGCUUCCAGUCAGUGGUUACAGCACACCGUCCCCAGCCACCAUCGAGACCCAGAGCAGCAGUUCCGAAGAGAUAGUGCCCAGCCCUCCCUCGCCGCCACCCCUGCCCCGCAUCUACAAGCCCUGCUUUGUUUGUCAAGACAAGUCAUCCGGCUACCACUAUGGGGUCAGCGCCUGUGAGGGCUGUAAGGGCUUCUUCCGACGCAGCAUCCAGAAGAACAUGGUGUAUACGUGUCACCGGGACAAGAACUGCAUCAUCAACAAGGUGACCCGGAACCGCUGCCAGUACUGCCGGCUGCAGAAAUGCUUCGAAGUGGGCAUGUCCAAGGAGUCGGUGCGAAAUGAUCGAAACAAAAAGAAGAAAGAGGCACCCAAGCCCGAGUGCUCGGAGAGCUACACGCUGACGCCGGAGGUGGGGGAGCUCAUCGAGAAGGUCCGCAAAGCGCACCAGGAGACCUUUCCGGCCCUCUGCCAGCUGGGCAAGUACACUACGAACAACAGCUCAGAACAACGCGUCUCCCUGGACAUUGACCUCUGGGACAAGUUCAGUGAACUCUCCACCAAGUGUAUCAUUAAGACUGUGGAGUUCGCCAAGCAGCUUCCCGGCUUCACCACCCUCACCAUCGCCGACCAGAUCACCCUCCUCAAGGCUGCCUGCCUGGAUAUCCUGAUUCUGCGAAUCUGCACGCGGUACACGCCUGAGCAAGACACAAUGACCUUCUCAGAUGGACUGACCCUGAACCGGACUCAGAUGCACAACGCUGGCUUUGGCCCCCUCACCGACUUGGUCUUUGCCUUUGCCAACCAGCUGCUGCCCCUGGAGAUGGACGACGCUGAGACUGGACUGCUCAGUGCCAUCUGCCUUAUCUGUGGAGACCGCCAGGACCUGGAGCAGCCAGACAAGGUGGACAUGCUGCAGGAGCCGCUGCUGGAAGCACUGAAAGUCUACGUCCGGAAACGGAGGCCCAGCCGACCCCACAUGUUCCCCAAGAUGCUGAUGAAGAUCACAGACCUUCGGAGCAUCAGCGCCAAGGGAGCUGAACGGGUGAUCACACUGAAGAUGGAGAUCCCUGGUUCCAUGCCACCCCUGAUCCAGGAGAUGCUGGAGAACUCUGAGGGCUUGGACACUCUAAGCGGACAGUCAGGGGGCGGAACGCGAGAUGGGGGUGGCCUGGCCCCACCUCCGGGUAGCUGUAGCCCCAGCCUCAGUCCCAGCUCCCACAGAAGCAGCCCAGCCACUCAGUCCCCAUGACCACCCCGACACACGGACAGCCCUCACCCCGACAGACACACGGACAGCCCUCACCCCGGCCCUGGCUCUCUCUGCCUUCCUGCCGGCCGCGUGACCUGUCGACACUCGUCCUCUCAGACAGAACUGGGGACCUUCGGGGGGAGGGACAGAAGGGAGAAGGCAGUGACUCUGUGGACAGAGGCCUGGACCCGAGAUGGACUGCCCUUUUCCGGCAGCCUGGGCUGGCAUCAGGGGCCGGGCGUUGAGCCACGUGAGGACCUGGGCCUGAGCCCUCACCCACCUUGCCACGUCUUCAUCACCAGCAAAUGCCGGGACCUGGCUCCCUGUCCUCGGAACUCAAGCCAUCGUUCCCCAGAUGGGGACUUCCCCCAACCCCUGCUUUGGAUGGUGACAGAGGGUGCCCAGGGUGGGGGAGACCCCCUGUACAUAUCCUGCGUACCAACCCCCAGAUAUUAAUUCUCGCUGGUUUCGUUUUUUUUAAUUUUUUUGUUUUUUGUUUUUUUGUUUUUUUUUUAAUAAGAAUUUUCAUUUUAAGCACAUUUAUACUGAAGGAAUUUGUGCUGUGUAUUGGGGGAGCUGGAUCUCGAGCUGAGGGGGGUGGGUCCCGGGGAUGGGCAGGGCUCAGAGGGCUCCCCUCUCCCUUGAUGUCCCAGCGGAUGCUCCCACAUCCCAGUCUUUGCUCCUCAGUUUUCUCUGAUACUGUGAAAUACUAAUUUUCCAAGGCCACCUUCCCUACCCCGUGCAGGAAAGCAGCUUCCCCUCCCCCCUCUGCUCAGCCACUGGGUGUGGGCAUCUUGGGCAGCUACCCCUGGGAAGAGAGGAUCCUGGCUUUUGGUUUGUCCCCCUACCCACCAAUAAUCAGGGUGAGGGUGGAGCUAGGGCCCCUGGGAUGAUAGACUGUUCCUCCUCACUGCCUGUCAGCUCACUUCAUCCAAGCCCCAGCCCCACUGUGAAGGGGCCAGCUAAGGGGUCCAAGUUACCCCAGCCCCCAGCCUCAUAGCCACCAGCACCCCAUGGGGCCCUCCAAUGCGCAUACACACACACACACACACACACACACACACACACACACACACACACACAGCCUGAGUUCCUCCAAUUUCCCCAGCCUAUCCCCAACCCCUUGGCCCCCUCCUUGCCCCGCAGGACGGGACUCCAGGGGGUCACCUCCCCUACACCCCUGGGCUGGGGGAGCAGGCUCUACCUUGCCCUCCUGCCUGGGUGGGGUCUCACCCUGGAGCCCACUGGCGCACCUGUUCCUGCUGGGUUUCCGCUGAGAUCUA